GACUGGCUGUUAGCGAGAGCAAAAGGGGGCUUCCUCUGCUCUGCGGCCGUCCUCUCCCUCGCCAGCCUGAAUAAUACCAACAAUGAAUGCUCUCAUGUUGAAUAUGAAUGACAUCACGUGACUAUUCUUCUUUCCGCUGCCUGUUGAAGUUCGAGAUUGACGACAUCCGCCUGCAUUGCGCGCAGACGGCGACGAGAAGGACGCAGCAGAAGAAACAGAUAGGCUAGACGACGGCGAAGGAUAAGAGCAGACGAGCGGCCUGAGCUGCUGGACAUUACCUCGCGCGCCCAACCAACCCCGUCUUCCUCCAUCCGGUUCCCUGUGGACCGCAAAUCAACUUUGCUCAGACGGCUCAGACGAACCCGGCCCAGAUGCCUCCCUCACCCCAGAGCUCUACGAAACGGCCGUCCUUCGAUGCGGAUGGUGCCUCUCCGGCAAAGAGACAGCGACGAGCAUACCGGCGGCAUCACUGUUUGCAGCGUUCCCACGAGCUUCUUGCUGCUGGCGCAGAGACCUUGAACGACAGCACCUCCAUUGAUGCCCAGCUGAAUGCGUCGAUUGCGAGAGUGCUGGAUGAGACCGGAUUCGAUAACGUCGAGCCGGUAGUCUUGGACAGCUUCAGGAACAAUGUCGAAGAGCAUAUGCUUCACUUUCUGUCCUACGUCCGGCAGUCGAUGACAUCCAGUCGGAGGGUGCAGCCUAUACCACAGGACUUUGAACACGCACUACGCUACCACUCGAUACAUGUAGACUCCCUUCGGCCGCACCUCAAGGCAUUCCAGCGAAGGACCCAGCCAACUACUACUACAACAACUGCAACUCCCUCUUCCAAACCAAGUCUCCCUACUCCUCCUCCAGAUGAAGGUGCAGACAAUGAAGAUAAACCCAUACCAGCGCGAAAUUACGCCUUCUUGGGGCCUGAAUUAAACUCCGGGGCCGGCGAUCUGAAGAAAGCGUCCUAUAUACCCAAAAACUUCCCCAGUUUCCCAAGCAAACACACAUAUCAAGAGACCCCCGUAUUCGCGACCAAGCGAGAAACCAACCCCGAAAAGAUCCGAGAACGCGCAACGGAGGAAGGACGAUUGGGUGAGGAGGCCCUGCGCAAGCUUACCCGUGCGGCGAGGGAGGGCCAGGGCGGCGGUCGGGCGCACCGGGACAAGUCACUGUGGGGGCGUAAAAAUGAGAGUAUGGACAGCAUGUUCGACAAGACGCUGAAGGCAUUGGUAAAGUCGACCUCUGCCUCCAAACAGGCCGAUGGCUCCCUGCUGCUAGACCUUGGGCCGAUUGUGAACAGUAACCGGGUUUAUUGGCGCAAGCCAUCAGCUCCAGCUACCCGCUCCGACCCGCAGCGUAUGACAGCGGCUGCGGCGAGGGAUGUUGAAUAGACUGGCUGGUCCGUCGUCAAU